CGUUCUGCCAGCAGACCUUGAUGUCAGUUCACUCCCAGUUGCCUCUCGGACUGUCCACAAUCGAGUUUAUGCGCAAAAUGAGGUGGUUUGUCUUCAUUUGUAUUUGGCUCACUGGAAAUUUUCAACCAGUCCUCAGUGGGCGUUUGGAAGAAACACCGACUCUUGGAAAUACUAAAACGAAUCCCAGAGUUCUCAGCAAAGAUGUGUUCAGUGGUGGGUUUAACUACCAAAUUGAUCAAAACCACACAGUGUUCCUUUAUGAGGAGGACUCACAGGAACUGUAUGUUGGAGGGACUGGCUUUGUGUUCAGGAUUGAUGCCAGCAAUUGGACUCGUGUUAUAGAGAAAUUUCCUCUGAAAACAACGGGGCAGGAGCAGUGCCAAGAGGGUCCCUGUGAAAAUGUCGUCACUGUGAUUGAGAAGUUUCAGGACAGCAUGUUUGUCUGCGGAACAAAUGGACAGAAUCCACAGUGUUGGGAGCUUUUUCCUUCAACGACCAAUCAGUCCCAAAAAAUAGAGGAGAGUUACGACGGGAUCGGUAUCUCUCCGUUUGUCUACACACAGAACUCUCUGCUACUCACAAUCGAUGGGGAUAUAUACGCAGCAGCACCUUUGGAUGCUGAUGGAAGCUCUUUGCAGUUCAGAAGAAAAGCUGGCAGCAGAACUAAUGUCUGGAUGUAUGACAGCUGGGUCUCAGAGCCCACGUUUAUCUCCGCAUCCUGGGUACAGCGAAAGGAUGACCGAGACAAUGAGAAGAUAUACGUCUUUUUCCGUGAGAAGAACUCCGACCACAGCCCAGAAGCCGACCCCUGGAUAUCUCGUGUUGCCAGAGUUUGUAAGGUAGAUGAAGGCGGAUCAAAGAGAUUUUUCCAGAACAUAUGGACGUCUUUUCUCAAGGCUCGGCUUGUCUGUGGGUUUCCAGACGAGUCCUUGUAUUUCAAUCGUCUCCAGGACAUUUACGUGAUGCACGCUGAAGACUGGCGCGACACCAGGGUUUAUGCCCUUUUCACAAGCAGCUGGAACUCCACAGCAGUUUGCAUCUAUUCAAUAGCAAUGAUUGAAAGCAUAUUUGAAAAUUCAACUUUCAAGGGCUACAACAAAGACAUGCCCAGACUGAGGCCAGGAACGUGUGUACGGAACAGCAGGAGUCUCCCACAGGCCACUCUAAACGUGGUGAAGGACUACCCAGAGAUGACAGAUUGGGUUUACUCCCUGCAUUAUACAGCGCCUUUUUAUGUAAGCAGCAACAACUACACGAAGAUUGUUGUGGACAGAGUCCAAGCCGCAGACCAGCACAUGUAUAACGUUCUGCUUCUAGCCACAGAUUCUGGAAAGAUCCAUAAAGUCUUGGAAGCGGGGCCAGAGCCUUUCAUCAUCUCUGAAACACACCUCUCCAACAGUUCGACCAUACAAGCAAUGAAGCUGGACUCUAAAAAGAAAAUGUUGGUUGUUGGUUUUUCGGAGAGGAUCUCUACUGUGGACCUCCGGAGAUGCCAAGACUACAAUAACUCCUGUGCAGAUUGUGUUCUGGCCCGUGACCCGUACUGUGCAUGGACGUCAUCUGGAUGCACCUCGACUGUCCCACAAAUUGAGGGCAUUCAAAAUAUCAUGGAUGGACAAAUAAGUGUGUGCUCUGCAGCGUUAAAAGAUCAAAAGGCAGCGAACCGGACCAAACGGGAGACAGCUUCACCAUCAGAAGUGAAUUUGAGGACGGUUCAUUCAGUCCCUCAGGGUGUCCCCUUCUAUCUGUCCUGCCCAAUAGACUCCUACCACGCUGAGUACACCUGGGAGUACGGAGGCCGGAGCAGCCCAUGUCUGCAAAUGCUCUCCGACUGUCUUCACCUCAUCCCCUCCAUGGCACCAGAGAACUAUGGAAACUAUGAGUGUGUUUCCAAAGAGAAAGACUACACCAAAGUGGUGAAAAGAUAUCAGCUUACAGAGCAAAUAGUCCCAGAAGAAAUGACAUGGAGACGCCAUAUCCCUUACAGAAGGAACGAUGCAUCAGCUCUCGUUCCGCGAAUAUGGAUCGCACUAACCCUAACAGCUUUAGCAGUGUGGGAAAUUUUCAGAUAGAGUCGUAUUUCAAAUCGGAGCAUUUAUGCUCUUAGGCCCUUUGUCCUUUUUGUUGCAAGCAGGAUGGAGGCAGGGCUGAAGGAAAUCCACCUCAACAACAGUGAAGCUUGCAGCUGAACAAUUCAGACAGGAGUGCUCCUGCGGUGAAGUUAAACCUUUGUUUGUGCUUCCCUUAACACUACAGUGUUUGACAGAAUAGCAAGGUCUAAAUCAACAGGAACCCUCCAUGGCCAAGUUUUUUUUUUUUUUUUUAAAGAGAUGCCAGAACAGGAGGCAGUUGGGUGUGAUGGAGGAAGAAAGCAGCACAACUGGUCAGCGGCGGAACACAGCUUGAAUGAUCUGAGGAGUUCUAGCUUGUUGGUUUUUGUUUCGAUCAGCCAAUUGUUAGUCAGAGACCUCCUGCGUGAAGCACUGCAGCUGGCUGUGGGCUGUGCUCAUCCUCCUUUGAAAACAAUGAAAGAAAAAGAAGGUGUAAGAAGCAAUCGUGAGAAUUCCUUUCAAAACAAGGACCACAACAUUCAACCAAUGAACCCAUAUACAAUGUUUUGAUCCUAAAGUGGGAAAGCUUCUUGUCAGACAGCCACAGUGGUUUUGUUGCAGUGGCAAAUUGGGAUUCCUGCUUGAGGCAUGCAGAGGGGCCAGCUCUUGGUUCAGUGGUCCAGUGGUCCACAUUCCAGCCCACUGAUGACAGCUUAUUUGUAUUCGAUGGUUCAGGAAAGGGUGGAGGUAGCAAGAGACCUUCACUGAAUUUUCCUGUAUUUUUUUUUCCCAACCCCCCUCAGUAACAGUCAGUGCUCACAGAACUGUUUGAAAAAAUGUGGAAUGAAAAUGUUUUUCAGUUGCAGAGCACACUGUGUGUGUGAAGAGUGGAUGUGUUGACCUCAAGCUGCCCUUGAUGUAGCGGAUUCGAACAGAUCGUUGUUGAAAGUGAUUAUUUUGACUUUGCACAUUUGUCCUCGACAUUUUGAAUGACUCUACUUUUCUAGCCAGUUAUUUAUAUGAGAGAAAACUUUGUAGCUGAAGUUGUAGGGUAGCCAUUGUUUGCCACAAGUGGCAGUUACGAGGUCAAAGUAAAUGCAAGAACAUUGUACACAGAAGUGACUUAAUAAUGUAGAUUAAAAGCAAUAAAUCACAAAUACUAGCUAACAUUUAGCAACCAAAAGCUACUAAUAAAACCCCCAAGUGUACCGACCUGAGCAGUUGUGCCGUUUAUACUGCUAUUAAUUCAGUUCUUCAUUUGUAUGUGACUGAAAUGGUUAUUUAUUCUUUCAAAAGUUACACAGUCUUAAUAAUAAUAAUAAUAAUAAUAAUAAUAAUAAUAGUCUCAAACACUGCUCUGAACAUUUUUUUUAACUACAGAGAUAAAUUUAUUUAUUAUGUAACUUGUAUUUUGAUAUUUGAUAUUGAGUUCUACUUUUAUACUGAAAUGUAAUAGGUUUAAACAAUGUAUAAUUUCAAAAGUUUUUUUUUUUUUUUCUAUAACGAUUGCUUGAAAAUGCAGAAUGAGCAAGACUGGCAAUUGAUGGUAAUAAAUUAAUAAAUAUGUAUGUAUCA